AUGUUGGUUCCUAAACUUGAAACCUUGCUGAGCAAGCAGAUCACUGUUCAGCAGGGGAAACAAAUCCAUGGAUGCAUUAUUAUCAACAGACUUUAUUACCUCGAACCUCUGCUGAUUCGCCAAUUAGUCCCCUCAUCUCGCAGCUACUCCACUGGUCUUGCACAUUACGUUCAGGGUAUUCUCCACCAUUUACAGAAUCCGGAUGCCUUCUCGUGGAGCUGCACAAUUAGGUAUCUCUCUCAGGAAGGUCAAUUUAAGGAUGCUUUCUCUCUAUAUGCUGAAAUGUCGAGAGUUGGACUUUGUCCUAGUACGUUUGCUGUAUCUUCUACCUUGAGGGCUUGUGCUCGUAUUGUGGAUAAGAUUGGUGGUAGGGUAGUUCAUGGUCAAGCUUACAAGUAUGGAUUGUGUACUUGUGUCUAUGUCCAAACUUCCCUAGUGGAUUUGUAUUCCAAACUGGGCGAUAUGGGCACUGCACAAAAGGCUUUUGAUGAGAUAGUCGAUAAAAAUGUGGUGUCAUGGAAUUCAAUUCUAUCAGGGUAUUUGAAGUCUGGGAAUUUAGCAGAAGCAAAGAGAGUGUUUAACUCAAUGCCAGCCAAAGAUGUUGUGUCGUGGAAUUCAAUGUUAUCCGGAUAUGCUAGGGUGGGGAAUAUGGACCAAGCCUCCAUUAUGUUUAAACAAAUGCCUGAGAGGAACUUUGCUUCAUGGAAUGCAAUGAUAAGUGGAUUUGUCGAUUGUGGUAGGAUCGAAUCUGCGAGAGGCUACUUUGAUAAAAUGCCUCAAAAGAACAAUAUUUCAUGGAUGGCAAUGAUCUCCGGGUACUCUAAAUGUGGAGAUGUCGAGUCUGCCAAUGUGCUUUUCAGUAAGCUUCCCAAGAAAGAUCUUUUAUCAUUCAAUGCCAUGAUUUCAUGCCUUGUUAAGAACAGCAAACCAAAGGAAGCCCUUCAGUUGUUUGACCAAAUGCUUAAACAUCACGUGGAUAUCCAGCCAGAUAAGUUGACUUUGGUAAGUGUUAUCUCUGCUUGCUCCCAGUUAGGUGACUUGAGAUUCGGAUCAUGGAUUGAAUCAUACAUGAAAAGUAUCAAAGUUGAAAGAGAUGAUCAUUUGUGUACUGCACUAAUUGAUCUAUAUGCCAAGUGUGGCAACGUUCAGAAAGCAAGUGAACUGUUCAAUAGCCUUGAGAAGAAAGAUGUGGUCGCUUACAGUGCAAUGAUAUUAGGGUUUGGAAUAAACAGCAAGAUUGAUGAAGCCACUAAGUUGUUCAAAUCAAUGGUAGAUGCUCGUAUCCCCCCAAACUCAGCCACAUUCACGGGACUCUUGACUGGUUAUUGCCAUGCUGGUUUGGUUGAAGAAGGCUACAAAUGCUUUGCCAUGAUGAAGGACCACAAACUCACACCUUCGACUGAUCAUUAUGCAACCAUGGUCGAUCUUUUGGCCAGAGCAGGAAGACUAAAGGAGGCAUAUGAGAUGAUUACAAGCAUGCCAAUGCAGCCUCACACCGGUGUGUGGGGAGCUUUGCUUCUUGCUUGCAAGGUGCAUAACAAUGCACAAUUGGGAGAGAUAGCUGCUAAACAUUGCCUUGAGUUGGAGCCUGAGACAACUGCGUAUUACUCUCUUCUCGCUGACAUAUAUGCCUCAGUUGGGAAGUGGGGUGAAGCUAGAAAUCUGAGAAAAGUCGUCAAAGAGAAGAAGUUGAGGAAUUUGCCUGGGAGUAGUUGGAUGGAAUCAACCACAUAA